AUGGCGCUCGACAACGACACCCGCGGCUGGAUCAUGACGGCCAUGAGCGGCAUAGCCUCCGUCAUCUGCGUCGACAUCAUCGUCAGGCUAUUUCCCGGAAAGCGCAAUUUCAGAGUCCAGGACAGUAAUGCAUUCCUCUCUGCCUCCCUGAGCUUGAGCUUCGGCGUCAUGCUGUUCUCGUCGCUGUACAGCAUGCUGCCCUCGGCCAGGAAUUCCCUCCAAAAGGGCGGCCACUCGCCUAAGGCUGCUGCAUGGAUCCUCAUCGCCUGCUUUCUCGGCGGUGUGAUUGGCAUCCAAGUUGUCUCGCGAGUCAUCCACCAGUUCAUGCCCUCCCACAUCGUCGACUGUGACCAUACCCAUGGCGACGAGGAGUCGACUAAACACGACCACGACUUUGACAAGACCUCUCGCUCCCACGAUGACGACGAACACGAGAGCAGUCUGCCUGGCUACCACGGCCAGCAACGCCCCGGACUCCCUAACAGUGCCACCGUCAGCGUUGAUGCCUCUACGAACAGCGACAUGUUUAACAGCACCGACUCCUUUCAACCUCACCAAAACUUCUCUUCGGCCCGGAGGCCGUCUUUUCCAGCCCAGUUAGCACACAAGGCUUCGCAAAUUGUGAUGCGGGCAAAAUCUCAUUGCGAUGAGAUUGGCCCCUGCCAUGGAUUCACUGACCCUUGUGGCUCUGAAUGUUUCAAGAUUGUCCAAGCCAGAGGUGGCACUAGAGCUCCCGUCCAUACCUGGCCUCGUCAGCCUGGCAUUUCAAGAAGCGCCACCACGCCACACGCAAGCAGCACAUUGCACCCUGAACGCCAGCCUCUGCUACUGCAGACUCCCGAGUACGACGAGGUAAACUAUAGUACCCUUUCGUCGACCGCUGCUCAUGGCCGGACCAACGGGUUUUCGAAACCACGGAGCACCCAUUCCGCUCGCUCGAUCCACGAUCACCACAGUCAUGAUGACCAUGAAGACCACCAUGACCAUGACCAUGACCAUCAUGAUCACGAUCAUGACCCUCACGAGCAGGGCCAUCACCACCACCACGUCCCCACCAAUGCAUUCAUGUCCAUUGGCCUGCAGACCUCGCUUGCCAUCGCUCUCCACAAGCUGCCGGAAGGUUUUAUCACCUAUGCUACCAAUCACGCCAACCCACAGCUUGGUUUCGCCGUCUUCCUAGCUCUCUUCAUUCAUAACAUCACCGAAGGUUUCGCCAUGGCUCUACCUCUCUAUCUGGCCAUCAACAGUAGAUGGAAGGCCAUGGUUAUUAGCAGUAUUCUUGGUGGCGCAAGCCAACCUCUGGGUGCAGGUGUGGCUGCUUUGUGGUUCAGGAUUGCCGGGCGGACGGGUAUUGGUGAGCCCGGUGAGUCCGUGUAUGGAGGCAUGUUCGCUGUGACUGCUGGUGUCAUGACUUCCGUGGCACUGCAACUGUUCCAGGAGAGCAUGGCCUUGACCCACAGCCGCAGCCUCUGUAUGAUAUUUGCAUUCGUCGGUAUGGGCAUCUUGGGCGUCAGUUCGGCUUUGACAGCAUAG